ACCGUAUUGGUCUUAUAAUGUAGCUUUGACGAUGAAGCUAAAACCCUAGCUUCCAUAUCCAAGCUUCUCUAGUUGCCAAGUGUUUUUGCAGAGCAGAAAUGAAGGUCUUUGAAAUCAAUGGCAACACUCUCUCGCUUGCCCUCUUCGCUGAUGUCACCAAUUCCAAGGAACUCCUAGGCUCUAUGCAAGCCGGAACACUUGAUCCUGAAGUUGCGUUUCUUAAUGCAUCACUUAUUCCAGAUGUUUUUCCAGUUCUAGCAGCAGCUCAUAAGACACUUAUUUCCAAGUCACGUGAGUCGUUGACUACACGAACACUCCAUUCCGAACUUGUUUACAAUUACUCUGGGUCUAAGCAUAUCACCGAAUCCCUGAAACGUUGUGGUAUUUCUGAAAGUUCAAGUUAUGUCCUUGCCGCUCGAUUUAACGCUUCUCCCGAUGAGAUGAAAGCUGUGGAGAAGCUUAUCAAUGGAAAAGAGAUCGAUUUAGAUGAGUUUGAAGGAAGAGCAGACCAAGCUCAGAUACAAAAGCACUACAAAAUAUCCGGCCCAGAGCUAGGCAUAUCCACUCUUGCAGAUGCAAUAACAUGUCGAAUUGCUGCUCGAGAUGCUUUAUGAGAUGUCCUGAUUACAAUGCAGAUUUCAGAAGGCAUUGCUUCUUAGACAAAAAUGGAGCAGAGAGCAAAGAAAUGUAAAUGCCAAGGUAUUUAUUGUUAAAACUGUUCUUAUUAGUUAGAAUAUGAUAAAGGCUUGGAGAAUGAUACUUGGAAAUUAUGGUAAUGUAAUUCAAUGUAUUCUAAAAUUCAAACUUAUGUUAUUCCGAUUUUUUUUCUUUAAA